GGCCAACACGCACAUGAUUGACCAACGUGUUUCGCACGUGUGAACAAAGUGUUUUGGGUCAUUAAGAUAUUCAAGUGCCUUUUAACUUUAUAGAUUCAUAUAUAUAUAUAUAUAUCCAUAAAAGAGAAGAUGGACAUCCCUCUUCAUCUACGACUGGCGUAUGCAGGCCGAUUUUCCGACCCCUACGCUGACGGACGGCCGACAUUCCCCAACGCGCCGGUUGUCGGACAUAACUCAUCACCAGCAUUGCAAGGCGUUUCCUGGCUCAGCAGCCUUGUACAAAACUUGGAGUCCAACCGCAGACAGGAUAACGAAGCGUUUCUUAUCAGAAAACGCAACGUUGCCGAUGAUGAUGUUGGUGCAAGGUCCGUGGAGCGUGCUGCAUCGCCGCGAGAAGAGAACAAAAACGGAACACAGACAAAGGAUGACUCACCUACAACUACCUCUUUGCCUUCGCCCAUUCCUUUGCGGUCGAUCACCGCACAUGAAGCGUGUCCUCCAUUUACAGGGUCGUCGGCAGUACUUUCGUUGGAACCCCUUGAUGCGGAAGGGGCUCGCUCCCCUCUCCAAGUGGAAAUCAGGUCACCGUCGAGCACAGCACACGUACAUAUCGCAGAAUCCUCGACAAAAGCAGAUGACCACGCACACGAGGAACCGAAUAAAGGAACAGAUGCCACUGUUCAGGCGGACGUUGUCGUUGAUAACGCGACGAGGCAGCACAACGUUGUGAUUCAGGCGCAACUUGUUGGCACACACGAAGCCCUCCUUGCAGGCGUCGUCACAUCACUUGAGCGUCGCCUGCAAGAGUGCGUGCUCAAGACGCUCGCGUUAGACGACGCGAAUCAACAGCUCAUUUGUGCUUUUCAGCUGCCGACCGACACUUCAACUGGCAUCGACGUGCCCUCACGUCCUCCUGUUGUUCAUCCAAUACCUUUGCAAGGGUUUCCCGAGAAGCUGCUCAACGCAUCUGCUCCCAUAGCAACACCUCUUCUCAGCCGUGAUGGUGCACAGUCCUCACCAGCAGCCGCUGCGAAUUCCAAUCCCGCCCUUGUCGCCAACCGCAGCGAAAGAAGUUUCUCCGACGAGGCGAAGAAGGAGCUCGCCCUACAUCUCUACGCGCUGCGGCACCAAGUCGUGCAGAUGCGCGAGCAGCUCGACGUCCAUGAAGCGACGCACGCUCGGCGGCUAAACGCAAUGAAAGCGGCGCCAAAAGACGCGUCGAAUCGAGACACGGUCCGGGUGGAAAUCGUCAAGGCCUAUCCGGACGAGCCGAUGCCCUAUCGCAGGGGUCCGUGGAGGCCGGCCAACUUUGCCGCUGCGUCGGCGAACCGCCGUGGAGGCAGAAAGGAAGGAAGAGAGAGGGGCACGAGGGACGAAACGUACUCCUCUGACGACUUCACAGGCGGCUCCUCGUCCGCGGCGGACUCGUCUGGCAUAUCAACGGAGACGGACAGCAGCGGCAACACAUCUGCGGAAUCGGGCGUGCAGGUGAAGGAAGCGUUUGGUAGUGCAGGGAAGCGUGGUCCUGUUGCCGUCGUUGGAGCAAAGGCUGAGAUACCAAGAGCGGACAGCGACAGCAGUCUCAGCAGCACCGAGGGUCUCUUCCGGAGGCGUCAAGCGGCAGCGCUGCAGGCUCGACUGCAGCGCACGGCUGCUGCUACCCGUCCAAAAAAUAGCUACAACGCGACCACUUCCUCUACUUCUUAUUCUUCUUCCGACGAUUCUUACAGCAGCCGAUCAGAAACCUCCACAAUACCCAGGUGA